AUGUCUACCGGAGAGUACAUAAAGGUCUCUUUUGAAGAUUUAGUUAAGGUAGAAAGUCUCAUAGAACAAUGUCUGCUGCAUUAUAUGACCCAGAAGCAGGUCAUAGAUAUUCUCUAUCAGCUACAGCACAUAGAGCCUGCCUUUACAGAGACUGUUUGGCAGAAACUUGAAGAACAAAAUCAAGAGUUUUUUAAGUCAUACUAUCUGAGGGUGGUGGUGAAUGAGCAAAUAAUGGAAUUUAAUAAUCUGCUUGGUAGACAGGCUGCACUGAUGAACCAGGUGGACCCAAGCUUAGCCUCUUUUCCGCCUGUGUCUAAUGUAUCUCACAUGCCAGCAAUUCCCCAUAACGGAUCAUAUUAUGCAUCUGAUACUGGCAUUGUACUGAAGACGGAGAACAUGCAGCCCUUUGUUCCAACGGUUCCAGUGAACUGCUUUAAUAAUUGUGGACCGUUUCUACACUCAGGGAUGCAGCAUGCUCUUGAUCGGUCUACUUAUUCCAGAAGGAUCGAUGUUCCAUCUAAUAUGGCGUUGGCUCAUAACUCAGACAUUGGAAUGACGGAAGGGGUUGCAAUCAAAAGUGAACCGGGCUACUUGGACAAUUCAAGGUUUGUCUACCAGACUGGUGGCGAUGUCCUUGGAGCGCAUCCUGCGAUUGAGCAUGCAUCCAUUUCACCAUUUGGCAGCAUGGAUCCUAAUUCACAAACAUUUUUCAGACAGAUCUCCCAACAGAUUGGUCCACCAGGCGUGCCUGCUGACUUCACCAAUUCAGACACCCUAAGGUUUUGCAACUCUGCCUUUCAGUUACCAGAUAUAGACAAUUUCUGGUUACCCUAA